UUUCUUUAAUAAAUAUAAAAAAAGCUUUUUCCUGAAUUAAUUCACUCUUUAUAUCGCUAGUUUAUCGACAUAUUUACGAGACAGUGACACGAAAUAACCUCGAGUUGUUGUUUAUAGACGGUCUUCAGUGCGCAUCUCGGAACGGUGGAGCGCGUUCGGCUAUUUUUGUUUUGUAGCCCCAGUUAUAGCGUAAAUAUUGUUUUUAGUGUCGAAAUGCGAUACAGCAGUGACUUUUUUUCAUAAAUUUUUGCUCGUGUCGUAUCAAUUGCAGCCGCUAGACCGUGAAACUGUUGCGUUCAUUUACUUUGCAAAAUUCACUUUCAAAAUCUAUUUUGCUAACGAAUCGGUGCUAACGCUAAUGUAAAUGAUUUUCUGUGUCCCAAACCCAGUGCCAAAUUAAUUCCGAAACGAUAAUUUUGUGUCAAAACAACUAUUAUGUUGAAGAUAUUGUGAUUAAAAACGCCAAAUAUGUCGUGCCAUACCUGUUCUGCUUUUGAACUUGGAAUAACCGGUUGUUGUUGUAAAAUAAAUAAAUAUUUAAAAAUAUAAUAUUCUAUUUUUAAAAUUUAUUAAAAAGUUGUGUUAAAAGAAGUGAAAUCUGACUAAAUGGCACUUUUGAUAGUGAAAUUGCCUGUAUUUAGUGUGUUACAAUGAGGCGGGUGUUUGGCGUGUGCUCCGACAGCUGGCUACUUUGCGGACAGAAUGUGAGGCUCUAGCUGUAGCCGUCACUAGAUGUUGUCUGGUUCCCCACACGGGUCGGUGAUGUCAUGCCAGUCACUGGCGGCCCGCGCCUUCACGGAGCCUGACAAGGAGAAUAUGACGCACUGUGCCACCGCUGGACUGCACAGAUCGGUGAGAUUCAGUUCAGACUCCCGCAGCUCGACCAGGUCAAGCAACAAUGAACAAGAUUGUAAACGAGAAACGACAGGCUCCAUAUCGCUGACGGCGCUGGCCGUCACGCCCGUGUCCCAGACCUCCGCCAUGAGCCAGUCGGCGCCGCCCUCCUCGGCCACCUUCGAUCUUGCCGAAACGCCGGCGCCGGCGCCAGCAUGCCGCUUCCCGAAGCUGGAGGAGUGCGCUCACUUCCACUACGAGCGCGUGUCGCUGGGCGGGCUCAGCGUGCAGGCCGCGCCCUGCGAGGACCAGGCCGCAGACCCAACCGAAGGCUGGGUGUGCCUGAAGGUGCGGUCGCACGUGAACUCGUCGUGCGAGGAGUGGCCCGAGGCGCGGCUGGCGGGCAGCUGGACCGAGGCGUCCGACGUGCGCGACUGGACCCUCACCAGGAACAAGGACAACUUUCUGCACCUCGACGACAUGCUGCACAGGUGCAUAUACGACCGCAAGGUGUCCGGCCUGCCGAACCUGGCGGAGAAGAUCACGCCGUCGCUGCUGCGGGACGAGCUGGAGUACCACCGGCUGAUAUCGGACUACGUGCACCACCUGUCCAUCAUAGCAGACGACUCCAUCAACUGCGGCCCGGUGCUCAACUGGCUGCAGAUGGAUAACAAGGGACACAAAUUGCUCGUAGCGAACGAAGACUCCAGCUCGAUCAAUACGCCAGCUGUGGCGGCCGCAUACUCAGUCAGGAAAUAUGUUUCACAAGCACGAGACGAAAUCAGUUUCGAAGUUGGAGAUAUGAUCUCCAUUAUUGAUAUGCCGGGUCCUCAGGAGUCGGUUUGGUGGCGCGGCAAGCGAGGGUUCCGCGUGGGAUUCUUCCCGCACCACUGCGUGGCCGUCAUCGGGGACAAGGUGCCCCGCCACAUGUCGCAGCCGCCGCCCAUUGUCGGGUCGGUGGCCGUGGCGCCCAUCAAGCCGGUGCUCCGCAAGCACGGCAAGCUGAUCUCCCUGUUCCGGAGCUUCAUCCUGUCGCGGCCGUCGCGCCGCAGCCUCAAGCAGCAGGGCAUACUGCGCGAGAGAGUGUUCGGCUGUGAUCUCGGCGAGCAUUUGCUCAAUUGUGGGCACGAUGGAAUGCGUAACAAUCCGGCUCGGACGGAUCACUGCGCAGUGCCGGCGGUGCUGAGCGCGUGCGCGGCGGCGAUCGAGGCGCGCGGCGCGGUGGACGGCGUGUACCGGCUGUCGGGCGGCGCGGGGCUCACGCAGCGGCUGCGCGCCGCCUUCGACGCCGGCCGCGCGCCCGACCUGCGCGCGCCGCCCGCCGCCCUCGCGCCGCUGCUCGCGCGCGACCCGCACGCCGUGCCCAGCCUGCUCAAGAUGUACUUCCGGGAGCUGCCGAACCCUCUAUGCACCUACCAGCUGUACGAGAGCUUCGUGACGGCCGUGCAGGCGGCCGACGAGCGUGCCAAGCUGCGUGCCGUACGCGACGCAGUCGCGAAGCUUCCGCCGCCGCACUACCGCACGCUGGCGCACCUGAUGCGGCACCUGCGGCGCGUGUCGCUGCUGGGCGCGCAGACGGGCAUGACGGCGCGCAACAUGGCCAUCGUGUGGGCGCCCAACCUGCUGCGCGCGCCGCGCCCGCAGCACGCGCUGCAGGGCGUCGCCGUGCAGGCGGUGGUGACCGAAUUCCUGAUUUGCUACGCGGAGGAUUUAUUCGCUCAGGAGCAAGCGUCUGACUCGGGGGAUUCUGGUCCGGAAUCACUUGAACAGGACCGUUGCGAUUCUCUGGUGGAGUUACGUGGACAGGAAUCUGGUAGGCGUCCGAAGAGUUUGCCGCUCAAUCCACCCACUAAAUUGUUGAGCCUGGAGGAGGCGCGGCGUCGCGGGCGGCCGUCAGCGCCAGCGGGCCCGCAGCUGCCGGCGCCGUCGGGCGCCAUCGCGCAGGCCGCGCAGGCCGCGCAGCAGCAGCAGCAGCAGCAGCAGCAGCAGCAGCAGCAGCAGCAGCAGCUGCGGCCCUCCGCGCACCUGCGGCCCAAGUACAUCGAGGUCGGUUCCGGUCCCAACAACCUGCCACAGUAUCACACCGUCUUAGACCUGCCAUUGCCAGGUGCGAAGCGCGGGUUGAAGCGGUCGCCGUCGGGCUGGCGCGGGCUGUUCUCGCGCACCAAGCAGCAGCGGCCGCCCGCCGCGCAGUCGCAUCCACUCCACCCGCCGCACCCACUCCACCCGUCGCACGAGAGUGGAGCGGAGGCGGCGGCGGGUGGCGCUGCGGGUGGUGCUGGUGGCGGUGGUGGCGGCGGCUUGCUGCGGCCGGUGAAGUCGUGCGAGUCGCUGUCGUCGGACUGCGACACGCUGGCGCCGCUGCAGGACCGCGCCGCGCCGCUCAAGCACCACACCAGAUCGUCGUCGUGCGACUCGUACUUCGAGCCGUGGCAGGCGGAGCUGGCGGACAUGCGGCUGCGACUGUCGCCGCAGGAGCGCGACCACCACAUGUUCAGUGAGGAGGACGACACCCACCUGCACGGCAACGACGCUCAGGGCUCGAGCGCGUGCUCGUCGCCGUCGCCGUCGCCGUCGGGCACGUGGUGCAGCGCCGACGGCAGCCCCGCGCCGCCGCGCCACGCCGCGCACGUGCACGCGCAACGAGACCGCGACCGCGACUGCGGCGUCCACGCGCAACGCUGGCCGCUAGAGGAGCAGCUGUCGCAGCUCGGCUACAUCGACGGUGAAUCCCCGCGUGCCCCCCGCACGCCCCGCACGCCCCGCACGCCCCGCACGCCCCGCACGCCCCGGCGGCCCGCGCCCGAGAAGCGGCCCUGCACCGUCCGCGCGCCCAGCCCUCACCAGCCCGACAUCGCCAAGAGAUUAUGCAAAGACAGAGACGGCCCACUGUCCUCAUUUGCGGACUUCCAAACGUCACUCGCCAACGUCAAGCUGAGAGAACGAAACUCACCGAGAAAAACCAAAAAUACAUCACGGUAUAGCGGUAUGCACCACCCUGUAUCGAUCCCUGACGAAAAACCCGUAACAGUACAUUCUCGGCUUAGUUGGCACGGCAAAGAUGGCCAUUCGACACUAAUUAAAAUUGAUUGGCCAGUAGAAAACAGUUCGAUAAGCAAUCUAACAACAAGUACACUAAAUUCUAGCCCCUUGACCCCAGUAACGCCAGUCUACGAUCCACUGGAAAGUGAUUCAGAAGUCAGCGAAGCUAAUAUACAUACAAUAAAGAUUAAAAAUAAUGAAUGCGACAAUUGUACUGAAGAUAAAUGUCUAAAAUGUGAAUUAAAAGCUGCCGAUUACGAAACUGUUGAAGAUGUAGUGGAAAGUAUUGACAAUUACACAGAAAACAAUCUACAUGACAGCCUUGAACAUACACCUAUACAUUCGACUGAUAUAAGUUAUCAAAACUUGAAUAGAUUGUCCGCUGUUUCAACAUCUUCAAACUCUGAUCCUAAUUCAGAUAAAAAGAAAGAUGCUAACUACGAAAAUUGUGACUUGAAAGUGAUGACAUCAUCGCAUGAAAGUUCUUCAAGUUAUUCCAACAUUAGUUUAACUAAACAGGACGAAUAUGAAAAUUACAACUUCUCAAGACCAAAUUAUAUAAAUCUGCAAUCGUCUAGUACUUCAAAAAGUUCUCCAGGAAGUCCGUUAAAGAGUCCCUUAAAAUCAACAAUAAGUAUUACAUUUCGUUCACCAACGAAAAAUAAAACGCCCGACUACGAGCCUAUAGAUAAUGAUACGCCUUUAAAUGAAAGAGAUUCUGUAUAUGAAGAUAUAGAUUUGGAGAAAAAUUUAUCUAUUGUAGAAGAAGCAUCUGUACCUGAAGCAGAUGCUAGUUUACCAACUCAACAGGCUUGUCAGCCUAAAGAUUUUACUGAAGAUCUAAUAAUUUUAGAAACACCUACCGACCAAACCGAACUUGAUGACAAUGUAGACGUUUAUAGUCAAGUAAAAUUUUUUAAAAAGAGUAUAGAAGAAGUAAACGCCAUGAUACUUGAAUCUCCAGAGAAGGAGAGGCACUAUGAAAAUCUUGCAUUUGCUGAAACGAGACAAGAAUUUGAAAACAUUAAUGUAGAAACAUUAAAAAUCUGUGAUAAAGACUUAGAAAUUAAUGAAUCUGUUGAUAAUGACAAAAAAGAAUCGACAGAAGUAAUAGAAAGGGAGAAUGGUAAUAUUGUUAAGGAGAAAGUUUCAAACUUGAAUGUUAGAGAAUUGGCCAUACGCUUUGAAAGUCCGACUGAGCAAAAAGGCCCAUUUACCUUUGAGAAAUUCAAAGCUGAAAUAAAAUAUCCUAGUUUAGAGCGCAAGGAUGAAGAUAAAAAAGUUAAUAUUGAAGUAAGGAAAAAGGAAGUAAAGCUACCCCCACCUGUAUCUCCUAAAACAUAUAAGGUAACUAGAAAUCCUAGCAAUGCAAGGUCAUUGGACGAAAAUGCAUUUGUCAAAGAAUUUGGUAACGAGAAAACAUAUGUGGACCGACGGAAAAGCUUAGAAGUGAAGGAUGUGAAAAAACAUACGAAAUUUUUACCAGAUUUAAACUUGAAUAUGGAGGAAAACGAGCAGAAGGUCAGCAUAACGCCCACAACAGAGAACAAAAUAUGUUUAGUUCAAAGAAACGAGCGUCCAACUGACUUGAAAAAUUUAGUUUCAUUCGACACAGAUAAGAAAUUAAGUCGUGAGCGUAUAGAGAAAUACAAAGAGGAGAGACGGAAUUUCUUAAGGGAGAAGUACAGUUCACAGUCAUUCAGGAGUAAUCCGGAGCAGUUGACGAGGAUAAAAAUAAAGAAGGACCAGGAAACGAUAGAGACGUGCGAGAGGUUAAAGGACGAUCUGCCCAAGUUCGAAAGGCGGAACACUGUAGACUUGGGGCAGCGUAUGAGGUUUUCUCUAGCGCGGAGCAGUCACAAUUUAGACACCAUCCCCUCCCCCACUAGUCCGGAGAGAGGAUUUUAUAAUAAAGACGGCGAGAGCAGUAAAAAGGAACGGAGCAGAGACUUCGAGCGGAAAGAAAAGGUCUCCCCGUCGUACAAUAUACGGGACAUGGCCGCGAUGUUCGAGCAGAAAUCACAAUGCAACACGAACACCGGUUGACACACGCUGAGACGUUGAACGGCGCACUGCUGAGAGAUCAGCGAGCAGACGGCCUGUUCAACAUUAAAACCAGUGCUUGGAUAUGAAGCGACGCGUGACUGAAUUGUGGUAAGGUUUAUGUAUUAUUUAAUACAUUAUCAACAGUGACAUCGACUCGGAUCAACUCUUGGAUCAACUUCCGUGAGUUGAUCCAAGAGUUGAUCCGAAUAAUAUUGUUUUAAUACACACUAAAUAACAAGCAAUGUAAGGCAAUAGUUGUUAAUAAAAUUUAGAAUUUAAUUUAAUGGA